AUGUUAACCCGUCGAUUGACCGGCUUAUUACGUAAACCUCCUCUCCUUGGCCGUCGACCAAUCACUGUGUCGUCCUACGACAAUGAUAAGGUGUGUCUUGUCCUUGGAUCAGGCAAGGCCGUUGCAUACAACACGGUCUUCUUAAGAGACUCAUGUACAGCCCCGGAAUCCAUAGACAAGUUCUCUCAGCAGAAGCUUUUUACUACCAGUGAGAUCUCGCAGAACUUACGGAUUGAAGGUCUGCCACAAGUUCUUGAAAGUGCUACUGGACCGUUACUUAAGAUAGUCUGGAACCAGAAUGGACAACUUCAGACGUCUACUUAUACCGAAGAGUUUCUUGAGGAGUAUUCCUCGAAGGAGAACAUUAGAAGGGAUAAGUUUUUUGAAAGGGAGCAACUUUAUUGGUCCAAUAAGGAACUAGUGGACCAUAUUGAUGAGAUUCAAAUUGAUUAUGGUGAUUAUAUCACUAAAGAGAAGGACUUUUUUAAGGCAUGCUACAAUCUUAAUAGAUAUGGAAUUUGCUUUGUUAACAAUACUCCUAGACCCGAACACCACAUGCAAGUGAUGACUGAAGACAAUGCUACGUCAUGGCCAGUGUACAAAUUGGCAGAGAAGUUUGGGUACAUUAAAAAGACCUUCUACGGGACGCUAUUUGAUGUUAAGAACGUUAAGAAAGCUAUAAACAUUGCUUAUACCAAAUCGUUUUUGCCGUUACAUAUGGAUUUAUUAUACUAUGAAUCACCUCCAGGGUUACAAUUGUUACAUUUCAUUGACAAUUCCACCAGUGGAGGAGAGAAUAUCUUUAGUGACUCCUUCAAAGCUGCUUUAUACGUUAAGCAAAGAGAUCCCGAAGCUUAUCAAGCCUUAUUAAAAGUGCCCAUCACUUAUCAUUAUGAUAACAAUAAUGAAUAUUACUACUAUUCCAGACCCUUGAUUGUGGAAGAUAAAUAUGGCAUUAAAGAAGUCAACUUUGCUCCUUCAUUCCAAGGUCCUUUUGAAUUUGGUAUUAGUGAUGAUGACGGUGAUAAUGUCGACUCAAAGCUAUUUCAAUUAUUCUUAAGAGGGUUCAAUCUCUUUGAUGACUUCGUUAAUGAUCCUAAAAAUCACUAUCAACUAAAAGUCCCAGAAGGUUCAACAGUCAUAUUUGAUAAUAGAAGAGUCUUGCAUUCCAGACUUGCCUUUUCAGAUGAAAACGGAGGCGAUAGAUGGUUAAUGGGGACGUAUGUCGAUGGUGAUAGUUUCCGAUCAAAAUUAAGAGUUGGCCAUAGAAAAUUUUAUUAG